GGAGGGCCCGUCAUCUGACUUUACCAGUCAGGAAAAAAGUGGGUGUUGUGCUGUAGUGUUUGGUUUGGUGCGAUGCAUCUUCAUGACUGUUUUUAAACACGCGAGCAGCGGUUCACUGUGCGCGUGGUCCGGACCGCAGCGGGCCGAUCGGCAGACAUCCACCCGGUGAGACGUGCAGGCCACCUGCAGCCGUGCAGCGAGACUCAGCCCGGAGCCAGGGGAGGGAGAGCCGUGUCGGUGAGCCAUGGGGUUCCGCAAGAAGAACAAGAGCCCGCCGGUGCUGAGCCACGAGUUUGUGAUCCAGAAUCACGCCGACAUGGUGUCGUGCUUGGCCAUGAUUAUCCUCCUCGGCCUGAUGUUCGAGGUUACAGCCAAGUUUGCCAUCAUGUUCAUCACAGUCCAGUACAACGUAACACAAGUUCUUGAUGAGAAAAGUGAUCCAGUGAACCUUUAUCAGUACGGCCCUAAAGAUGUGGCCACUGUGUUUUUCUACCUGCUUAUCGCGGUCAUCCUUCAUGCCUUGAUACAAGAAUAUAUUCUCGACAAAAUGAACAGGAGGUUGCACCUGUCAAAAACCAAACACAGCAAGUUCAACGAGUCUGGUCAGCUCGCAGCGUUCUACCUGUUCUCCUUCAUCUGGGGCUGCAGCAUCCUGACGGCGGAGGACUUUGCAACAAAUCCUACUUUCUUAUGGGAGGGUUACCCACACACUCACAUGGUUUUUCAGGUCAAGUUCUUCUACAUUUGCCAAAUUGCCUAUUGGCUCCAUGCACUUCCUGAGCUGUACUUUCAAAAAGUACGAAAGGAGGACAUCCCCCGCCAGCUCUAUUACAUUUGCCUUUAUGUUGUCCACAUCACCGGUGCCUACGUCUUAAACCUCCACCGACUGGGCCUGGUGCUGUUGGUCCCUCACUACCUGGUGGAGCUUCUGUUCCACGCUUCACGCCUCUUCUACUUCAGUGAUGAGAACAAGCAGAAAGGUUUUACUCUGUGGGCGCUACUUUUUGUUAUCGCCCGCCUCCUCACCCUCACACUCUCAGUUCUGACGUUUGGCUUUGGGCUGCCCCGGACAGAAAACCAGGGCUUUUCUCUAGCAGAAGGCAACUUCAAUGUGCUCACCAUAAGGAUGACUUGUCUGGCAGCUAUCUGCCUGACACAGGCUUGGAUGAUGUGGAAAUUCAUUAACUUCCAGUUGAAAAAGUGGAGGGAGCACAGCCAGAACCAGGCCUCGAAGAAGAAGGCGGUCAGCCCAAAGAGCAAGCCUCACAAAAGGGAGCCUACAAGGGGAGGUGCUGCCAACGGGGUUGUGAAGUCCGAGGAUAAAACAUCACCACGGGCAAGAAAAGCCAAAGCUUUAUAGAGAUCGAUAGAAGAAUUUUUUUGGGAAAAAAAACAAAGCUAGGGAGUUUUGACAAUGUGACAUAAUGUCUUUACACAACUUAAAAUUUUGUCUACUGCUCUCCAAAACAAAUGUUUAAGCGCACUAAGAAACCUUACGUUACAACGGUCCCUUUGGGGUUGAAACUCCGCUUUGAAAAAGUUCAGUGUUACUAUCUGUUAGAAAUGUUUAUUAAUAAUUUGGGUUCUCUGUAGAUGUUGGCAGGACAUUGCUGGGUUUGAUGCUUUAACAGGAUAGAUUUCAAAGUGUCCUUUUGUGUAAAACUGAUCACUCGACAGGUUCUUUAAACUGAGUCACUAAUUUGACAUCCAAUCAGUUAACAUCACAGUAACUUGAAAAGCAAAUUUUGACUUCAGGGCAACUUAAUACAAAGUGUUAAUGUACAGAUUAACAGUGCGGGGUGUCAUUUUAAGUUUUGGCCUUAUUCAGUGGAGCUCAUAAAAUAGGCCUCUGGCUCAAGUCCCAAAAUAAAGCCUUUCUUACUCUGCAAGACAGCACUUCAAUAUUCUGCUGUUGUCAGGAAAAGAGCCUAAAUGAAUCAUUUUAGAGGGAUAUUUGUGCUAUUUAGGUAUUUGGCAAAGCUGCAGCCAGAAAACUGAAGCUUUUACUUAACUCCUUGAUCAUUUACUGCCAUUAUUUGACAGCCUCUGCCUGUGAAAUCCCAACAUGUUAUUACAGGAUUGAGGCACUUUUGUAUUUUUUUGUUGCUCUUAUUACUAGCCUGGUAAUCAGCUUCACCCUGUUAAUGGGGCUCAUUCAGGUCCGGUGACUUACAAAGAGGAAGCUGCACUGUAACCUGUGAUGCUGUACUGUAUAGAUACAGUUAAAUCUUUAUAAUGGCAUGAUUGCAAAUUUGAGCAAGAAGCUGUGUUUCAGGCUGCGAUUCAGUCUUUCAUAUGGUAAUGUCAAUGCAUGAUGGUUUAAGGCUAAAGACUUUAUGGCUAGUUGUGCUGUUGAGUUUGCAUCUCUCUCACACACAAACACACACACAAGCAUUCAGUGGCCUUUUUACAACUGCUGCAAGAGGUUUGAGUUAUUUAUUUUUGCCAUAUACUACAAAUAGUUAUUAUUUUAUAUGCUUUGAUAAGCUAUAACCAGCAAACACAGCGGUACAUAGCAACUGCAUUUCGUUAAUCCAAACAAUACAAUCUUUCUUCAAGUGUCCUUAUAAUGUCAGUGGUUUGUAUCACUCGUUCUGCUUGUGUUGCGUUCUGUUUGCCUUCUCCGUUUUAUUCUCGGGUAUCAGGGGACAAGCUAUCCACCACUUACACUGUAAGUUGCAUCCCAUGGUGCAACGGGAGGUGUGUUUGUAAGGGUGUUUGUAUGCCUGUGCACUUACUUACGUGCGUGCGUGCAGUAUUGUUUUGCCUACUGUGUAUGUGAAUUAACUGGGCGUGAAUGAUGAUGAUGAUGGCGGUGAUGACAACGAUGUUUAUUGCUUGUCUCGUAAAAAUAAUUAUUGCCUGUGUGCAGAGCAUGAAAUGUGACAAUCUGUUCAUUGACUCCUGCCCUGUUUGUUGUAUUUUACAAUCAUAUCCUUUAGUUCACUUUGCUUGGGCCCCCGUUUCAGUUCCCAACACGCUUCUGUGUGUGUGAAACACACCGAGUUGUGGAUCCGUGUGUGUUCUGUAGGUUAUCGGUUACUAAAUGCUUAUGUGUUCAAUGUCUCUGUCCCUCAGAUGCCCCUUUUCCUGUGUGAGAGAGAUUCUGUGAUUUCUGUUAGUCAAAUGUGGCAUGUUUUGUCCUUCCUGCUUUACCUUUUCAAUGAUCCUGACAUUGCUAUGGAGCACAUGUAUCGUACUGUUGGCCACACUCUUUCCUCUCCUGGACGCGGAGUCCCGCUCUGCUACUAAACCUUCUGUGCGGAAAAACUUUACUACCUGUCUGCAGACAGUUGGAGUUUGAAGUCUUAAGUCCAAAGCAGGGCUGAGAUGAAGAUGCCGUUCAUUUUCGCUCCCUUUAGCGCUCCUUAUUGGGACUCUGGUGGUCUUUAAAGCCCUAUGUCUGUGUAUGGCAUUGUCAUAGGAGGGAAGGAAGAGCAGAGGACUUAUGUACCAGCCUGUUAUUAAACUGUCUCAGAUGUAAAAGAGAAAAAAAAACUGACUUAACCCUACACUGUACUAAAAUAUGUGUCAGAUUUUUAAGCUAUUUUUAUAGAGGGGAAACUGUUGAAAUUCACUGUUGUUCAGUACACACGUGUGAAUAUUUGUUUUGCAUCCAUAUUGAUAUGAAUUGUUUUUUAUAUAAGAAUGAAGCUUGCUGAACUGUUGGCGUGGAUAUACAUUGUGGUAUGAGUGUAAACAUUGUUUAGCCUGAUGGUUUAUUUAACUUCAUGGCCUUAUUAGAGCAAAGUGAACUCAAUUGUAUAACAGUGCUCAGUUAACACUAUGCUGCAGGUUCACUCUGCAGCUUUCACAACUACAUGUUUUAUGAUGAAGUACACUGUCACACGCCAUUCACUCAUCAGUUUAAAUAUAUAAUCAGAGGAGCAAAAGGUCACUAUCGGGUUUCAUUUGUUGCAGUCCUGCAGGUGUUUUCCAGUGAUUACAGGCCCGGAUGUUGAAUGAACAUUUUCUUGUCACACUGCACAACAAUCAGCAGACCUUUAGGCUCUGAAACAUGAGCCCCUCUGCAGCUCACGGCCCCCUCGCUUUGAGACACAAUAGCCUGUAUAAUCCCACAGGAAUGCACUUUUUUUUUUGCAUAAUAUGCAUUAUUUCAGAGCACCAUAACACUGCUCACUUGGGCUGUUUCUGCAUCGAUUCUCAACAAAUUACAAACUAGAGUUGCUCAAUUUCAAAUUGCAUUUUGUAAUUGUUAUGAACUAAAAAUGACUGCAAUGAUUUUAACUGUGUGAGCAUCCUCUAGGUGGCAACAGUCAUUAAUGCAUUUGACCGUGAGAUCACUUUAAAAAAAAAAAAAGAGAAACCUGCACAGCAGAGACACACAUUUAUUGUAUUCUUAAUUCAAUCUGCAUUGUCCUUGAUUAGUUUUUAUUUUGCUGCUUGUUUAUAGAUGUUGCGAUAUAUUUCCUUUUCAGAUUUGUCUCUGAACUGCUCCGAUGGUAUAUAUUUAUGCAAAUUCUUGUGAGUUCUGAUCAUUUUUCUUUGUCACUAUUUUUUUAUUUCAUGUUUGAAUAAAGCUUUUAUUCAUUACUCAAA